GGCCUUUCCACCGAGGGGGGGUGCGCUAGGAGAGCUCGCGGCUGCUGGGCUGGAGCCGUCCUGCACCGAAAUCUCCAAACAAGUUUUUUUUGAAGGCUGCAUGGUGUGACAAUGCAAAAUGCCCCUUCUUGGAAUGGUCAACUCGUUGAUGUGCAGGAUUCCUCUCCUGUGAACCCGUACUUCACGUUCCAGGUUUAUCUGUCUCAAUGAUGAUCUGGCAGCCAUCCCCUCUUGCUGACAUUUCUGUGGUUUCUGCAUGGUGAUCAAAUGUGCUGAGGAAUGGACACUCCCUUACUGUCUUUUAGGGCAUGGGAGUUCAUAUAAAGAUGCAGCUGUGAUCCUCGGCUGUGUUUCUCAUUGAAGGGACCUAAUGUUUUACGUUAUUGGUGGGAUCACAGUAUCUGUGGUAGCUUUUUUUUUCACCAUUAAGUUCCUGUUUGAGCUUGCCGCACGUGUAGUCAGCUUCCUCCAACAUGAGGAUCGGGAGCGCAGAGGAGAGCGGACCAUUUAUGACUACGUGCGAGGCAACUACUUGGAUCCCCGCUCUUGCAAAGUGUUCUGGGAUUGGAAGGACCCCUAUGAAGUGGGCCACAGCAUGGCCUUCCGAGUGCAUUUAUUCUAUAAGAAUGGACAGCCCUUCCCUGCUCAUCGUCCUGUUGGGCUACGUGUCCACAUCUGUCACGUGGAGCUAGCAAUUGAUAUUCCUGUUACCCAAGAAGUACUUCAGGAGCCCAGUUCCAAUGUGGUGAAGGUAGCAUUCACUGUGCGCAAGGCUGGGCGCUAUGAGAUCAGUGUAAAGCUUGGAGGCUUGAAUGUGGCAUAUAGUCCUUAUUACAAAGUCUUUCAGCCAGGAAUGGUAGUUCCCUCCAAAACCAAAAUUGUUUGCCAUUUCUCCACCCUGGUGCUGACUUGUGGGCAGCCACAUACUUUGCAGAUAGUUCCUAGAGACGAAUAUGAUAAUCCUACCAGUAACUCAGUAUCGCUGAUAGAUGAGCACAAUUAUAGCCUUUCAAUCCAUGAGUUUGGUCCCCAAGAAGAAGAGCCUUCUGAUGUUUUGUUUGAAAAAUCUGUGUUGUUGAAUCGGCAAACUUGUCAAGUUUUCCUGAGACUCACCCUACUCCGUAGGGGAUGUUUCCGUGCCUGCAUCGCCUACCAAAACCAGCCUAUUAGCAAUGGAGAGUUUGAUAUAAUUGUUCUAAGUGAGGAAGAGAAGAAUAUUGUAGAGCGAAAUGUUUCUACCUCAGGGGUCAGUAUCUACUUUGAGGCCUAUCUUUAUAAUGCAAGUAGCUAUGCCAACACCCAAUGGCAUCUUCCACCCCUGCAUUUGGGUUCCUCUCAGCGUCGACCUUCCACUGCUACUGAAGAUGAGGAUGAAGACUCUCCUUCUGACAGCCAGACCCCUGAGAAAGUGAAGAAACCAAAAAAAGUGUACUGUUAUAUUUCACCCAAGCAAUUCUCGGUAAAGGAGUUCUACUUGAAGAUCAUUCCUUGGCGUCUCUUUACCUUCAGAGUGUGUCCUGGCACCAAGUUUUCUUAUCAUGGGCCUGAUCCUGUACACAAGCUGCUGACGCUGGUGGUGGAUGAUGGGAUUCAGCCUCCUGUGGAACUCAGCUGCAAGGAGAGAAACAUCUUGGCGGCUACUUUCAUUCGCUCUCUGCAUAAAAAUAUAGGAGGCUCAGAGACCUUUCAAGACAAAGUCAACUUCUUCCAUAGGGAGCUUCGUCAGGUGCAUAUGAAGAGACCCCAUUCCAAAGUAACUCUGAAAGUCAGUCGCCACAAUCUUUUAGAAUCGUCUCUGAAAGCAACACGGAAUUUUUCUGUUUCUGACUGGAGCAAAAACUUUGAAGUCAUUUUCCAGGAUGAGGAAGCUUUGGACUGGGGGGGUCCUCGCAGAGAGUGGUUCGAAUUGAUCUGUAAAGUCCUCUUUGACACUACCAAUCAGCUUUUUACCCGCUUCAGUGACAACAACCAAGCAUUGGUGCACCCUAACCCCAACCGUCCUCCUCAUCUGCGGCUGAAGGUGUAUGAAUUUGCAGGGCGCUUGGUUGGGAAGUGUCUGUAUGAGUCAUCUUUGGGAGGGGCUUACAAGCAGUUGGUGAGAGCUCGCUUCACCAGAUCUUUCUUGGCUCAGAUCAUAGGUUUGCGGAUGCAUUAUAAGUAUUUUGAGACAGAUGAUCCAGAGUUCUAUAAAUCUAAAGUUUGCUUCGUCCUGAAUAAUGAUGUGAGUGAGAUGGAGCUAGUCUUUGCUGAAGAAAAAUACAGCAAAUCGGGACAACUUGAGAAGGUGGUUGAGCUGGUAACUGGUGGUGCACAAAUGCCGGUAACAAAUGAGAACAAAAUGUUCUACCUAAAUUUGCUUGCACAGUACAGACUGGCCAAUCAGGUUAGAGAGGAAGUGGACCACUUCUUGAAAGGUCUCAACGAACUGGUUCCUGAAAACCUCCUAGCUAUUUUUGAUGAAAAUGAACUUGAGCUGCUGAUGUGUGGUACUGGAGAUAUCAGUGUCUGUGAUUUCAAAGCGCAUGCUGUAGUAGUGGGUGGUUCUUGGCAUUUCCGAGAGAAGGUUAUGCGGUGGUUUUGGACAGUGGUCUCCAGUUUCACACAAGAGGAGCUGGCCAGGCUGUUGCAGUUCACCACUGGUUCUUCUCAGUUGCCUCCUGGAGGAUUUGCUGCACUUUGUCCAUCUUUCCAGAUUAUUGCAGCUCCGACGCACAGUACACUGCCAACGGCCCAUACUUGUUUUAACCAGCUGUGCCUCCCAACUUACGAUUCCUAUGAAGAGGUGCACAAGAUGCUACAAUUGGCCAUCAGUGAGGGCUGUGAAGGUUUUGGCAUGCUCUAACUCCCCAGAAGGAAUCCAUCUAACUUUCUGAAUUCUUCAGGGCAAGAUCCAGCCUCACGUCACUGCUCCAGUCUCACAUCCACCCUCAGGGCAAAGGAGAACAGAACAGAGGCAUUAUGAAAACAGAAACAUCAGUCUCUGGCAUUACACAGGCCUCCCCCUGUCUGAAGUCUGUAUUUGGGAGCAUAUCUUGCCCCUUUCCCUUCCCGGCAUGGUACAUGAAAUGGGGUCCAUAUUUUUGGAUGACAUGGUACUUCACAUGGUUUCUGGUUUUCUGAAAUGGGGAGGGGGGAAGCUCAUAGGCAGAAAUGGGUAUUUAGUACAGAAGAAAAGCUGUAACUUGCAGUAUUCUUGUUGCUAUGGGGAUGAGGAAAUAGUAUAGAGCUCUGAAUCCCCAGAUUAUGGGAAGCCUUAAUAUCUUUCCAUGCCUUGGCCCAAGUUUUCACAUAAAUAAUAUCCCUUUAACUUGGAUUUUAUGAGAGGGUAUAAUCUCCCUCCCUUCCUUUUGGUACCUGGUCCUUUAAGGCUUUUAAUUCUCUUAGGCACCUUGCACUGUGUGCUGCCACUUCUUGAUUUUUUUUCUGGAAAAAGCAGCAUUUCUGUCAUGAGCACAAGUGCUGGCCCCCACAGUGACAUUAUUCUACCUCCGCCAGGAGCUGGCAACAGGAUGUAUUUCUUUAGUGGCAGAGGCUUCUGCUGGUCUCUGACAUUGAACUGGAAAAAGGAGUUUCUCCUCCAUUUGUAGUUUCUGAUAGUGAGCUACCUGUUUUCUCUACCAUUCCCUAAUUCCCCUUUCUCAGAGAAGAUUGUUGUAUACACCUGAGGUCUCAUACAUAUCCCAGUAUCAACCUUUUGUGUUACUAAGAAAGCAAUGGUGGUAGGUCAAGAGGCAAUGCCAUUACUGUGUGCAUCAAAUGUACAUUUGUAUACAAGUACAGUGGAGUGAUGAGUAUUGAAUCGGGCCCAGUACCUCGGUCUCUCCCAGUCCACAGAGUCUGGUUAUUGUCUCUACCACAUAGCAGCAAGAGUAUUAUUUCUCUAGCUUGCUUCAGUCAGAGAGUUGUUCAAUAAGGUUUCAAUACUUGUACCCUCCUUUCAUUCUAGUUGCUCCGCGUUCUGUGUCUUGAGCAUUCUAUGGUAUUAAAAUAUGAAAUUAGAACUACCUAAAUGGGCAUAAAAGACAUGAAUCCACAGAACAGCAUGCUGCACUAAUCAUUCUUCAGGCCAUGAGAGAGUGACAGUAUAAACUGCUGCAUCUAACCAAUCAUCUCUUAAUUUUGGUUACAUCCUUUUCUUCACUCCCAUUUCCUUGGCAGUAAUGGAGUGGGAAAGCAGGGAUCUUCAUUGGCAACCUAGCCAAUCAGCUUUUGUUAGCAAACCCAAAAUCUGAUUGGAUUGUAAACGGAACAUAUUUGUACCAACAGGACAUUUCUCCUGGUCAACAGUGAGAGAUGGUGGUGGCUAGUUACUUCAUGAGAGGAGCUUAAAAUGUCAUUGCUUGCAUCGAGGGUGCCCUUCCUACCAAAGCUGGAAUUUCGGUUUGAUAUCGCAUAAAAGCAAACAUAGAAAUUGCAGUUCACAAUUGUUCCAGAUUUUCCAACCCAGUAGUUCUGCCACAGAUUGGGGCUACAACAUUCUUGAGAACUCAAGUAGGCAUGUCUUGCUAUCACUACUUUUUUAAAGGUAGGUGUGUGCUUUUCCAGCAUAAGCCAAAUCAUAUACAAAUUAGAAGAAUGACAGUUUUCGAACCUGCUUCAAUAGAACUUUUUAUCUUGGAUUUUUCUUUAGCCGAAUGCAUAUUAUAUUUGUACAGAAAUCCAAGCCAUUGUUUUGCCAAAAUGUUUAGAACUCUGAGUAUUGGGACAACUCAGGGAUUCCCUCCCCUUUUGUGGCAUUUUUAGAGACCACCACUGUAUUUUCCUUCAUGGCAGAUGUGUUUACUCCUUCAAGCAGUUGUUCUCUGAAAAAGCUUGUACAUGCCACCUUACUGCAGAAGGGUGGCUUCUGUGAUCAGUGCAGUCUUGGCUCCCAAAUGCCUUUUGACUCUACCCACUGCUCUCUGCAGGGACCAAAAGGAGAUUAUGCUGUGCAGCUCAACUAGUUUGAUGGUUGAGGGGGUUGCUGCUUGGUGCUGUUCCAGCCCUUUGUCUUGUUCCCUAGCCUGCCGAAGGCUUGUCCAGCCAUGGCUCAAGGUUGGUUCUGCUACAUCUUCCUCAGGAAUCCCCUCCUUCUCAAAAGCUCAGCUGUUUUUAUACUGCGAACUGAGUGGCUGGUUAUUCAAGCAGACAUCGUCUGUUUGAAACCACUCUCCUAAUUUAUGUAUUUGGCACUUCUUGCCUCUCUGCAGAUGCCAAGGAUUUUCUUUUUACACAAGCACAGUCAGAGCAGUGGUGGAUGCUGCUAGUUCUUAGCUAACGAUGCUACUUGUAUGUGUGCUCCUAGUUGCUCCCAUCAUUAGCAGGGUCCGUUUCCCCCACUGCUUUAUAGUUCCAACUAUUUUCCUAAACUUUGCUUCUUGUUCAUUCCUAACCUUGUAUGUUGCCCUGAUUCCUGUGUGUGGGCCAUGGAACAGGCUCUGCUCUAGCCAUCGGUAGUGUGUGUAUGGAAAUUAUGAAAAGGUUUCUCCCUUUUCCUUCACCCUUGUUUGUUCCAUCUAAUGUUCAAUGCAUCCGUUUCCAGGAUAGAGGCUAGGCUUGUGUUACAGCCUCGCAUAGGCUUCUAUCCUCUUAAACAGCUGUGAGUACUACAGGACUUGGUCCACUUCUGCAAAUUGCAUGCUUUAGAAACCAAGACCUAUUACUUUAGCUUGGCCAGGGCCUGUUUCCAGUUAGGCAGCUCUAGAAAGAAGUCAGCAAGAAUUAUGUAAGCCUCUAAUAGAUGAUUGUGUAAAUAGUUUGUACAAUAAA